GAGAUCAAUUGCGCGCAGGUCAUAUCUGUCUUUCUUUCUCGUUGGUGUCUCACGUACGCAAUUCCGAAGCGAAAUCACGCAGUUUUCUGCACUCGUGUCUUAUAACAUAAAACAAACAUGGCUCCACCAACAUACGGUGACUUAGGCAAGAGUGCUCGAGAUGUAUUUGGCCAAGGUUAUCACUUUGGUUUAAUUAAGUUAGAUGUUAAAACAAAAACCAGCUCUGGUGUUGAGUUCUCCAGUGGCGGAGUAUCCAAUCAAGAUACUGGAAAGGUAUUUGGUACUUUAGAAACCAAAUACAAAGUCAAAGAUUAUGGGUUGACAUUUAGUGAAAAGUGGAACACCGAUAACACACUUGCAACUGAUGUGACUUUGGCUGAUAAAUUGCUCAAUGGUCUUACUCUUGGUUACAGUUGCACCUUCUCCCCACAAACAGGGACCAAGACUGGAAAGUUGAAAACGAGUUAUAAACACGAAAAUGUAUCUGCUAAUGCUGAUUUUGAUCUUAGCCUUUCUACUGGUCCUCUUAUCAAUACAUCAUUCGUUGUAGGACAUCAAGGAUGGUUGGCUGGUUAUCAGGCUUGCUUUGAUACGCAAAGAAAUAAGCUUACAAAGAAUAAUUUUGCACUUGGAUUCACUGCUUCUGAUUUUGCUCUUCAUACAGCAGUGGAUAACGGGCGUGAGUUCAGUGGCUCUAUUUAUCAUAAAGUAAAGUCAGACCUACAAGGAGCAAUUAAUCUUGCUUGGAAUUCUAGUAAUAAUGUUACACAAUUUGGAAUUGGUACAAAAUAUAAUCUUGAUGCAGAUGCAAGUAUUAGAGCGAAGAUCAAUUCUCAUCUCCAAAUAGGUUUGGGAUAUCAACAAAAAUUACGUGAUGGUGUAACCUUGACACUUUCUACAAAUAUUGAUGGAAAGAACUUUGGUUCUGGUGGACACAAGAUUGGUUUCGCAUUAGACCUUGAAGCUUAAAUACGAAUGGUUACAGACACUAAAGGACUUGACUCAAAGAAUUAUUUCAUGACCUUCGUGUCAUAAAGACAGCAUCACUUUACAUGCUUCAAAUAAAGUAUUGCCUAUAAUUUGUAGACAAGUUUGUCCCGAAAUAGAUGCCACGAAAUAUCAUGCAUCGUUUAAAAUUAGUUAAAGGGAUAUUAGUUUAAAGUAUACACAACUACGAGUGUAAACAUGCUACAAUAACAGUAUCUUAUGGUGAACAGUGUGGCUCACAGCUCUUUCAGUGAAACAGAAGUGUAUUAUUCUUUCCUCUGUAAUUCUCUUACUCUUGAUAUGGUGCAGCCUUCCAGUUCCUGUUGAAAAUAAUUAGUUUCAUAAUAAAAUCGAAGGUUAAUUAUUCUGAUAUUAAAGAAAUGGAAACUACAUAGAUAGCAAUAUUAAUUGCAAAAACUCUUCUGAAAUAAUAUUAAAAGACAGUAAUAAAUGUUAUCAUGUUAUGAAGUAUUUGUAAACUUUAUGAUUAAUUCUAAGGUAAGAGGCUCAGUAUGCUGCACAUACGUUCUUAUAACUAUAGAAGUAAUGUUAAUUAUUGGAUUUAUUGUAAAAAUCCUUGCACUUAAUAUUAUACACAAUAAAUAACUACGUACAGGGA